AUGGUCAACAAGACCUUAAAUUACUGGGAUCCCAGUUUUGACGAGGACGUUAUCAACAUCAACGUGGGGGGUCUGAGAAGGCGGCUCAGCUCCAGCGCCCUCUCCAAGUUCCCCGACACCCGCCUGGGACGCCUGCUUUCCUGUGACUCGGAGGAGUCCAUCCUGCAGCUCUGCGAUGACUACGACGUGAGUGCCAGGGAGUUCUACUUCGACCGAAACCCCGGCUUCUUCCUCUACGUGCUCCACUUCUACCAGACGGGGAAGCUGCAUGUCAUGGAGGAGCUGUGUGUCUUCUCCUUCUGCCAGGAGAUUGAGUACUGGGGCAUCAAUGAGUUCUUCCUGGACUCCUGCUGCAGCUACCGCUACCACGAGCGCAAGCUGGAGAGCCGGCACCACAACUGGGAUGAGGAGAGCGAGGUCAGCAGCGUGGACACCUCCCCCGAUGAGAUCUCUGACAUCAACCACGACCUGCUGCGCUACAGCACGCUGCGCUGCGGCAACGUGCGCAAACGCCUCUGGCUCACCAUGGAGAACCCCGGCUACUCCAUCCCCAGCAAGCUCUUCAGCUUCGUGUCCAUCAGUGUGGUGCUGGUUUCCAUAGCCACCAUGUGCAUCCACAGCAUGCCUGAGUACCAGGAGGUGGAUGAGAAUGGCAAUGUGCUCGAUGAACCCAUCCUGCACAAGCUGGAGUAUUUCUGCAUCUCCUGGUUCACCUUCGAAGUAUCUUCCCGCCUCCUGCUCUCCCCCAACCCCAGGAAGUUCUUCAAGCACCCGCUGAACCUGAUUGACAUUGUCUCGGUGUUGCCCUUCUACUUCACCCUCUUGGUGGACAUCACCAUGGGCAGUGACUCGGAGCUGGGCAACCUGGGCAAGGUUGUGCAGGUGUUUCGGCUCAUGAGGAUAUUCCGGGUGCUUUCCACCGGACUGAGGUCACUGGGGGCCACCUUGAAGCACAGCUACCGGGAGGUGGGCAUCCUGCUGCUCUACCUGGCUGUGGGGGUCUCUGUCUUCUCCGGCGUGGCCUACACUGCUGAGAAGGAGGAAGACGUCGGCUUUGAUACUAUCCCAGCAUGCUGGUGGUGGGGCACGGUCAGCAUGACCACCGUGGGCUACGGUGACGUGGUGCCUGUCACCGUGGCGGGCAAGCUGGCUGCCUCGGGCUGCAUCUUGGGGGGUAUCCUGGUUGUGGCGCUGCCCAUCACCAUCAUC